AGGAGGUCCUAAGGAAGAGGGAGCAGGCUGGUUCCCCGCUGCUCCCAGGGCUAGGACACAACGGAGCCAUGGCUUCCAAGGGCAGGGAAAGGAGAUCCCACCUGAACGUUAGGAUAGGCUACCAGGGAGUCUUUUUCUUUGGAGGCUUUUCUUUGCAGGCUAUCUGUCGGGAGGGAUUUGACUGUGCUUUUCCUGCCUGGCAGAAGGGGGUUGGACUAAGUGGCUCUUGGAAUCUCUUCCAACUCUAGGGCCCCUUCCACACAGCUGAAUAACAUCCCACAUUAUCUGCUUUGAACUGGAAUAUAUGGCAGUGUGGACACAAAUAACCCAGUUCAAAGCAGGUCUUGUGGGAUUUUCUGCCUUGGGAUUCUGAGGCCCCUUCCACACAGCUGAAUAACAUCCCAUAUUAUUUGCUUUGAACCGGAAUAUAUUGCAGUGUGGACACAAAUAACCCAGUUCAAAGCAGAUCUGCCUUGGGAUUCUGAGGCCCCUUCCACACAGCUGAAUAACAUCCCACAUCAUUUGCUUUGAACUGGAAUAUAUUGCAGUGUGGACCCAGAUAACCCAGAGCCCUUCCACACAGCCCUAUAUCCCAAAAUAUCAGGGCAGAAAAUCCCACAUUAUCUGAGUGUUGAGUUAGAGAACCCAGCUCAAAGCAGAUAUUGUGGGAUUUUCUGCCUUGAUAUUCUGGGAUAUAGGGCCCCCAGUUCAAAGCAAAUCUUGUGGGAUGUUUUGCCUUGAGAUUCUGAGGCCUCUUCCACACAGCUGAAUAAAAUCCCACAUCAUUUGCUUUGAACUGCCUUGAGAUUCUGGGUUCUAUGGCUGUGUGAAAGGGCCCUAGGAUUCUUAUUAUGUAUAUGCAAGUAUUCCUACCUUGCCAUCCUUCCUGGGCCUGGAUAUCUGUGGAAGAGGAAAUCCCAAACAUUUCUGAUUCCUACCAUUUUGGGGAUGGAUGGUCAAUUCAUAAUGGGAAGGACUGGAACCCCAGUGAGGCCCCUUCUAGGGCCCUGUCCACACAGCCCUAUAACCCAGAAUAUCAAGGCAGAAAAUCCCACAAGAUCUGCUUUGAACUGGGUUAUCUGAGUCCACGCUGCCAUAUAGUCCAGUUCAGAGCAGAUAAUGUGGGAUUUUAUUCAGGGGCCCUACACUGCCAGCUAAAAUCCAGAUUGUCUGUUUUGAACAGGAUUAUAUGGCAGUGUAGACUCAUAGAAUCCAGUUCAAAACAGAUUAUGUGGAUUACUUAAUAUGAUAAUCUGGAUUAUAUAACAUUGUAUAAGGGACACAGGGUUGUUCCCCCAUGGAGCCCUUCCACAUAGCCAUGUAACCCAGAAUAUUAAAGCAGAAAAUCCCAUAAGAUCUGCUUUGAACUGGGUUGUCUGAGUCCACACUGAGAUUAUGUGGGAUUUUCUGCCUUGAUAUCCUGGGAUACAGGACUGUGUGGAAGGGCCCUUGGUGGGAGUAAAUACUGUAUAUUUGGUGCACUAUUCACAAUAUGAUUGAGUCCAAAGAGUAAAACAGUCCCUAUACGUUUGGACUGUUUGAAAAGGGGUCGGAGGACUGAGGCCGCUUCCACACAGCUGAAGAAAAUCCCACAUUUUCUGCUUUGAACUGGAAUAUAUGGCAGUGUGGACUCAGAUAACCCAAUUCAAAGCAGACAUUGUGGGAUUUUCUGCCUUGAUAUUCUGGGUUAUAUGUCUAUGCGGAAGGGCCUUGAGGCUGGAUCUACACUACCCUCUAUCCCAGGAUUUGAUUCCAAAUGAUCUGCUUUGAACUGGGUUAUAUGAGUCUACACUGCCAGAUAAUCUGGGAUAAGCAGAUAAUAAUCUGGGAUCAGAUCCUGGGAUAGAGGGCCCUUCCAUACAGCCCUAUAUCCCAGAAUAUCAAGGUAGAAAAUCCCACAAUGUUUGCUUUGAACUGGGUUAUCUGAAUCCACACACAGAUAAUGUGGGAUUUCCUGCCUUGAUAUUCUGGGAUAAAGGGCUGUGUGGAAGGGCCCAGAGGGCAGUGUGUCAUUUUGGUUGUGCAGGAAGCCAGCCUGAUGGAAAGGCAAGCAGCUCAUGGAACAAGACAUCUUGCUGGUGGUCAGAAAAAGCAGGUAGUUAGGCAAGCAUUCAGAUUUCUUUUGUUGGUGUUAGGUGCCCUAUUUACCCUUCUCUUACCUUCCAGUGAGUUCAAAACUUCAUAUAUAACUUUCCCUCACCCUGCAGUCCUCUCUCCUGCUCUUCCCAUGGGUAGACACCUGGGGCGCCCAAGGGGCCACAGACUCGCCAGGAGGCUAAGCAGUGUGCCCUCUGCAUGCGCCGCCUUCGUCUGCCUUUCUGCAGGAGGAGGUGGGAUCCCCUCCGCCCGCCCGCCGACUGCCACGGCCCUUGCCUCUCCCCCCACCAGUCAUGGUGGGUCACUUGCAGCUGCAAGGCAUGGAAGGCAGCCUCAAGGAGAAGAACCGAGAAGGUCUGCUUGAUAGCCCGGAUUCAGGGCUGCCCCCCAGCCCCAGCCCACCCUUCUACUCGCUGUCUCCAGGCCUCCUUGAAAACAGAGCUGGCGGCAGCAGUUCCUCUUCCACAGAUAUCCAGACCCACGGGCCUGGGAAGGAUGGCAAGGAAGGAAAACUGAUCCCGUUCGUUCUUUUGAAUGCCUCAACAUCAGAUAUAAGGCCACGGAUGUACCCUGUGUUUUUUGGUGAAAGCAUAGAGGUCAACCCAGAACCAGUGCAAGAAAUUAGGUGCAACUCCGAAGUAAAAUAUGGCUCGGAAAGGCAUUACAGGGAUGAUGUCUUCUACUGCCCAAUGCCCACGGUCACCACCUACAGGGAGACUGUCAUUGCUGCCCCCAACUGCACAUGGCGAAAUUACAAGUCUCAGCUGAUCUUCGAGCCCCGCCAGAAGCCGCUGAGGUUUCAGAGCACAACAAUCAUCUUCCCCAAACACGCCAAGAACAUUUACCGGACCACACUCAACUACAGAUUGGGAUCUGCCAAAAGAUGGUUUGCCUCAAGUGUUCAACUGCAGCUCUGCGAAGAGAACAGCCCAUGCAUUGUCUACACAGAGAACCUUUAAUAUAAUAGCUUGCCUACUGAGAACUUUCCCCCCACUAACAUCAGUGUAAGGCUAAGAACCACACUGGAGGAAGAUGCCUUGUAAGACUUCCCUGCCUUUACCUGAGGGCAUCCAUUAAGUGGCACCAGGGUUCUUAAUUUCCCCCUGCCAUCGAGUAUUGCAUCUACACAAUCCAAGUAUUUUCCCUGUCCAAGAAGCAGCCAAGGGAGAUAUUCAGUGUGAAGUUGCUAAAACUGAUUUUGGUACUUUUCAGGCAAGGAUUUAGCCUGCACUUAAAUGAAACCUGAAUAGGAAGACCCUUCAGUUAUGUGUUUGCCAUUAAAGAACAGUCAGUGCUUUUUUUUAAUGUGUCAGGGAAGGGCUUUUUGUAGCAUGUAGGAUGUUGUUACCAGGCAUUUCCUUGGAGAAGACACUUAGGUCAAAGAAGACCAUCUACUGUUUGGAACUGAGUUUGCAAAGACAUGAGGUAUCUUGUGACAGGCAGGUCACAGCCAUGGGAAACAUUAAUUUCAUCCUGCCAAUGUAACUAGAAACCCAGCACAAUGAUCAUGGUGCCAUGGUUUUGAUCCAUAUACAAGGAGGAUGAAAAGGCAAAUGGUAGCUUUCUUUUUGCUGGUGGUGGGGAAUUCCCAAGGCACUUUGACGGGACCAUUUUUAAAGCCAAGUGUUUAUGUCUUGGCUAAUAACUGCAUUUAUAAUGGAAACCAAGAAGAAGAUACUUUUGGCAGUGUCUACUUUCUAAGGUAGACACACCAUUCCCCAGGUCUAGUUUAAUGUGUUGAGAAAGAAUGUACAUAUGAACUCAUUCCUUUUGGAGGCUGAUUUUUUUUUACAGUCAUUUAAAAAUAAUUGCUUAAAAAGAAAACUUAACAACAAUUUCUUGGGACCAAAGACCUUUACUAUAGAAAGGCCAAGAGUUCCCAAAUCAGGAGCUUGGCUCCACUGGGGUUAUCAAAUGGAAAAAUUAAUUUGUUUGGAUUUGCAGGAUCACAAAUGUAGGCCUCAUCUACACGGCUAUAUAAAAUCCAGAUUAUCUGCUUUGAACUGGAUUAUAUGGCAGUGUAGACUCAUGUAAUCCAGUUCAAACAUAAUGUGGAUUAUCUACUUUGAUAAUCUGGAUGAUAUGGCAGCGUAGACGGACCCUAGUCAAGAUGAAACGAAUUGAUGGUUCUGGAAGUGGGCUUUUGAAGACAGAAUGAAGGGAAGCUGCCCAAGUAAGCAAAAUUCUGCUUGCAAUGCUUGACAGUGAUUCAGUCCAUGUUAAGGAAUAGAAUUAAACCAAGUUGUAUAGAUCUAA